AUGAGCGCGCCCCCGACGCUUCCCCCUGGGGCCGAGGAAGUGCUGGAGACGGCCUGGCCGCCCCCGGCCAACGGCAGCCGCGCCCCACUGGAGGAGGAGGGGGCGGCGGGGCCCGACGGCGCCGGGACAGUGGGCACCAUCGCCAUCCAAUGCAUCUACGCGCUGGUGUGCCUGGUGGGCCUGGUGGGCAACGCGCUGGUCAUCUUCGUGAUCCUCCGCUACGCCAAGAUGAAGACGGCCACCAACAUCUACCUGCUCAACCUGGCCGUGGCCGAUGAGCUGUUCAUGCUCAGCGUGCCCUUCGUGGCGUCGGCGGCCGCGCUGCGCCACUGGCCCUUCGGCGCGGCGCUGUGCCGGGCCGUGCUCAGCGUGGACGGCCUCAACAUGUUCACCAGCGUCUUCUGCCUCACCGUGCUCAGCGUGGACCGCUACGUGGCUGUGGUGCACCCGCUGCGCGCCGCCACCUACCGGCGGCCCCGCGUGGCCAAGCUGGUCAACGCGGGCGUGUGGCUGGCCGCCCUGCUGGUCACACUGCCUAUCGCCAUCUUCGCCGACACCAGGCCAGUGCGCGGCGGCCGCGCUGUGGCCUGCAACCUGCAUUGGCCGCACCCAGCCUGGUCUGCGGUCUUCGUGGUCUACACCUUCCUGCUUGGCUUCUUGCUGCCGGUGCUGGCCAUCGGCCUCUGCUACCUGCUCAUCGUGGGCAAGAUGCGCGCCGUGGCCCUGCGCGCCGGCUGGCAGCAGCGCAGGCGCUCGGAGAAGAAGAUCACCAGGCUAGUGCUCAUGGUGGUGGCCGUCUUCGUGCUCUGCUGGAUGCCUUUCUACGUGGUGCAGCUGCUGAACCUGUUCGUGAGCAGCCUCGAUGCCACCGUCAACCACGUGUCGCUCAUCCUCAGCUACGCCAACAGCUGCGCCAACCCCAUUCUCUACGGCUUCCUCUCCGACAACUUCCGCCGCUCCUUCCAGCGGGUCCUCUGCCUGCGCUGCUGCCUCCUGGAUGCCGCCGGCGGCGCCGAGGAGGAGCCCCUGGACUACUACGCCACGGCUCUCAAGAGCAGAGGCGGGGCAGGGUGCAUCUGCCCGCCGCUGCCCUGCCAGCAGGAGCCGGCGCAGCCGGAACCCAACCGCAAGCCGGUCCCGCUCACCGGAAUCACCACCUUCUGA